AAGUCAAUGUUAAUAAUGUAUUCUAGAUCACAGAACUACGCUCUCUCAGCCAAUCAGAUUUUUGUGUUGGAAAUCUUCCAAAUCUUGAUUACAAAGCAAACUUUGUUUUUUCUGGUAAUAUGUACAGAGGAGCAGUUAAUUGUGUCCGUCCAUCAGCAGCCACAACGCAGUGUUGGAUUAAAGCAUUAUAUAUAUUUAAAGAGUUCGAGUAUAUUAAAAAUGGAGGGAAGAAGGGUAGUGGGUUUGGCAGCAAGAGACAAAUCUGGAGUUCUUUCUCCAUAUUCAUAUAAUCUCAGGAAAACAGGUCCAGAAGAUGUUGUGCUAAAAGUUUUAUACUGUGGCGCUGACCAUACUGAUCUUCAUCAGAUGAGGAAUGAGAUUCACAAUACUAACUACCCUUUGGUCCCAGGGCAUGAAAUAGUAGGGGAAGUUUUGGAGUUGGGUUCAGAGGCAAAGAAAUUCAAAGUUGGGGAUAAAGUAGGAGUAGGAUGCAUAAUUGGCUCUUGUGGAGAAUGCUCAUUUUGCAAAUCCAACAUGGAACAAUACUGCCACAAAAAAAUCUUGACUAUCAAUGAUACAGACAUAGAUGGUAGUCCAACUCGUGGAGGCUUUUCCUCUGCCAUGGUUGUUCAUCAAAAGUUUGUGGUACGCAUACCAGAAAAACUAGCACCAGAACAGGCAGCUCCACUAUUGUGCGGAGGGGUGACAGCUUACAGUCCUUUGAAACAAUUUAAUAGGUCUGAUAAGGUUAUAAGCGCAGGAAUAUUGGGUUUAGGAGGUGUUGGUCAUAUGGGUGCCAAAAUAGCAAAGGCAAUGGGACACAAUGUGACUGUGAUAAGCUCUUCUGAUAAGAAAAGAGAAGAGGCUUUAAAGCAUUUGGGAGCAGAUGCUUUUCUGGUGAGCUCAAAUACAGCAGAAAUGGCGGAAGCUGCGAAUACCCUUGACUAUAUUCUUGACACAGUACCAGCCUAUCAUCCUUUGGGACCUUAUCUUUCACUUCUAAAGCCUGAUGGAAGGCUCAUAAUAGUUGGGGCUGUCCCUCAGCCAUUGCAAGUUGAUGCUGUUGAUUUAAUUCUAGGGAAGAAGAGCAUAAGUGGAAGUUUCAUUGGGAGUAUGGAAGAAACACAGGAAAUAUUAGAGUUCUGGGCAGAGAAGGGUUUGACAACAAUGAUAGAGAUUGUAAAGAUGGAUUAUGUGAACGAGGCUUUUGAGAGGAUGGAAAGAAAUGAUGUGAGGUAUAGGUUCGUGUUGGAUGUGGCUGGAAGCGUCCUAGAAUCCUAAAAAGCUCAUUUCCCUGUUCAAGUUGACAAAUAUGCUGUUAGAAUUAUUAAAUUUCUCUGUUUUAUUUUGUUGCGUAGAAUAAGUUAAAAGAGUGAGAUCACUUUUGUUUUCUCAGAUUGACAAAAAAAUAAGCAUUUAAAUGCAUCACUUUGUUGAAGAGAUUGCGAUUGCUUUAGAAGCUGUAGUCCAAAAAUUUAUGAGAUCUACACGCCUCAGCUGGUUUUAUUGUCAUGAAA